GUUUGUAACUGCCGCAUGGAGCGGUAUUCGAGCGGCAUUCGAAAAUUUUAAUAUUUACGAAAAUGCGCGUCGUCAUCUUAUCAGCACUUUUACUUUUGCUCGAUCUCAGCUGGGUUAAGGCGAGCGAGAAAAAUGAGACUAGAACUGCAAACAAACUGCCCAAUAUAAUUAUUGUAAUGGCUGAUGAUAUGGGUUUCGAUGACAUUAGCAUUCGCGGAGCACGCGAAUUUCUAACGCCCAACAUUGAUGCAUUGGCCUACCAUGGGCGCCUCUUGGAUCGCCUCUAUGCACCGUCCAUGUGCACCCCAUCUCGCGGAGCACUCUUAAGCGGCAAAUAUCCUAUUCAUACAGGCACACAACAUUAUGUGAUCGGAAAUGAGGAGCCCUGGGGUCUGGCGUUGAAUACUACUCUGAUGCCGGAAAUUUUCCGUGAGGCAGGUUACUCAACCAAUCUAGUUGGAAAAUGGCAUUUGGGAUUCUCACGGCCGGAAUAUACACCCACACAUCGGGGCUUUGAUAAUCAUUAUGGCUAUUGGGGUGCCUACAUCGACUACUAUCAGCGUCGCUCCCAAAUGCCAUUAGGCAAUUAUUCCGUGGGCUAUGAUUUUCGACGCAACAUGCAGGUGGAGUGCACAGAUCGAGGCGUCUACGUCACGGAUUUGUUGACCAACGAAGCGGAGCGCAUAAUACGAGAGCAGCCGGCCAAGGAGCAGCCCCUAUUCCUAAUACUCAGCCAUUUGGCCCCCCACACAGGCAAUACUAAUAAACCAUUGCAGGCCCCAGAGGAAGAGCUGCGCAAAUUUACCCACAUCAAAGAUCCAAACCGGAGAUUGUAUGCAGCCAUGGUUUCCAAACUGGAUGAAAGCGUGGGCCGAGUAAUAACCGCAUUGGCACGCACAGAUCAACUGGAGAACAGCAUUGUGAUAUUCUACUCGGACAAUGGAGCCCCGUCUGUGGGCAUGUUUUCCAACACGGGUUCGAAUUGGCCACUAAAAGGUCAAAAGAAUUCGCCAUGGGAAGGUGGCCUGCGUGUUGCCGGCGCCAUUUGGAGUCCAUUGCUGAAGGCGCGUGGCAAUCUGUUUACGCAGCCCAUCUAUGUUGGUGAUUUCCUCCCCACGUUGGCGCAUGCUGCCGGCAUUGAGCUGGACUCCUCCCUGCAUCUCGAUGGCAUUGACUUGUGGCCGCAGUUGUCGGGGCCAAAAGAUGCUCCGCAUGUGCCGCGAGAGAUUCUGCACCAGCUGGACGAUGUGUGGCGAGUACAAUCGUUGUUCCAAGGUCAGUAUAAGUAUGUGAAUGGCACAACCUUGGCUGGCCAAUUUGAUCAAGUACUCACCUAUCGUGAGCUGGACGACCUGGAUCCGCGUGCCUCCCGCUAUGUGGUGGAAGUUCGUAACUCACCUGCCUCUAGGGCGCUUGCACGCUACGAUCUCCAGCGGAUUACACAAGCUCGCAUCAAUACAAUUAGCCGUUCUGCAGCUGUCAUCUGCUCUGACAUGCAACGUGGUUGCAAUGCCUUAUUGGAGGAGUGUCUGUACGAUCUCAGCACCGAUCCAUGCGAGCAAAAUAAUCUAGCUUAUUCGAAGCAGCACUCAGAAAUUCUGACAUCCAUGAGGCAGCGUGUUCAGCAGCUGCGUGCUGGAGCUAUGGCUCCGAAUAAUCGUCCAAGCGAAAGGGAUGCAGAUCCCAGCUUGCACGAGUGCACAUGGGAUAACUUUGGGGUUAAGGCUCGUGGCUCAGUGCCUCUGGAGUGCGAUUUCCAUGGAACUCCUUGUGGCGCCGAUAGCCAAAUGACGCCUCCGACCAGAAACGCUGCAAGCUGUGGCCAAAGUUGCAUUUACACCGCCGCCGUGGCGAACAAAGUGGCCAAAUCAGCUGUUUUUUCUUUCGCGGCUUCUACCUUAAAGCGCUUUUCAUUUUCUUGAGCUUAACUUGAGGCUUGGCCGUUUAUUUCGAUAAGAAAUCGCUGGCUAUGAUGAUCAUAUUUUAAUACAAUUCUUUACAAUUGUUGCAAUCACUUUUAUUGUAAUUGAAACUUUUCAACGUACAUUUGUAUAUAAAUGCAGUAGAAUAAUAAAUAUGAAAUACAAUGAAUUCA